GAGAAACCAAUAAAAAUGGUAGCCGUCACUCACAAGCCAAAUCCCGAAGACAAUUUCGCAGCGCUAUAAGCAACAAAAUGAAAAAUUAUAGAAAAAUCAGUUAUCAAGGAGCUAAGGAGAGAGUACGAAGAAAUACUCGUCACACCCUCUUAAAUUUCAUAAUCGAUUCCCAUCCACCGCAAAAGCUCGAAAUUGUUCUUUGAGUAGAAUCCAGUUUUGAAGAAGAAUCAAUUUUCUCCCAAACAACUUUCAAUAGAGGAAAACUGCGAUUGACCGAACAAAACGCAAGUUAAACACCGUCGGAACCAGAUCCACCGAAACCCUAUCACAUUCAAAUCAAACCAUAGCUUCAUCGUCGAGAUCCAAAGGAGUACUGGUGAUAUAUAUUCUCUCCCCGUGGCUUAAUUGAUGAACAAGUUGAUUGAGUUCUGGAAUGGAGAUGAGCUACCCGUCAGAUGUUAAUCGAGAUGUCACCAUGUGUUCUACGAGCGCAGUUAAUAUUUCAGACUCACACCAGAGUUUUGUGCAACAGCCUGUUUUUGUGAGUGGAUGGAUGUAUGUGAAUGAACAUGAACAAAUGUGUGGUCCAUAUAUUAAGGAGCAGUUAUACGAGGGGCUAACUUCAGGUUUCUUGCCAUUCGAGCUUCCUGUGUAUCCUGUAAUCAAUGGCACAAUAAUGAACCCUGUACCAUUGGAUUAUUUCCAACAGUAUCCUGACCAUGUUUCCACCGGGUUUGCAUACAUGGGUAUGAAUUUCGCAGACACAAUGAUGUCUACUAAUGGCUCCUCUUCUUCUCAGGAUAUGACAAUAUACGGGCAAGAUAGAUCUUGUGAGCCUGCUGCUCUUAUGGCUGUUAACCCAAAUUCAAAGUCUGUUUCACAGUCAAAUGUCAAUGACUGCACUAAGGAAUCAGAUCACUUGAAUUUGAAUUCCGAGGCAUUCAGGAGGAUUAUUUCUUGUCAGAUGCCGGGAGGAGAAUGUUGUUGGCUUUAUGAGGAUAAAAAGGGUACGAAACAUGGGCCACAUUCCAUUUCAGAAUUGAUUUCCUGGCAUCACCAUGGAUAUCUUGAAGAUUCAACAGUGAUCUCCCAUUUUGACAAUAAGUAUGGAAACUUUGUGUUGUCGGCGGCUGUAAAUGCAUUGAAAGGAGAUAUAUCUGGAACCAUCUGUGGAUCAGAUUCCCAAAGCAACGGAGUAGGUGAUGUGAUGAACUUAAAUUGUGAAAUAUCUGAAGACAUUUCUUCACAAUUGCACAUGGGUGUAAUGAAAGCUGCCCGAAGAGUUGUGCUAGAUGGGAUUAUUGGCGAUAUCAUUUCAGAAUUUGUUACUAAAAAGAAAUGCAAAAACCAAAAGCUUAAGUCUUCUGAUCGAACUUGCACGUUGGACAGUAAAAUGAUGAAUAAUAGUACUUCCAUUCCUCCUAGUGAGCCUGCAGCUUCCCAUUUUUUGGAUGACCAGGCUUGCCAUGAAAUUUCCAGACAGUCUUCAAUGAGUGUGAAGGCAGUUGGAAGCAUUGAAAAUUUUUGGUGGUCAUAUUCUGUUGUUCGUAAAGCACUUGUUGAUUAUUGCUUGCAAAUCAUGUGGAAUGCAGUGUUUUUUGACACGGUAAAAGAGUACUUAUUUUCCUGGAGGAAGAGGAAAUAUUGGUCUCAACCUAAGCCUCCACCAACUGUUAAUGAAUCUAAAGAUUAUGUUGAAAAGAUUAAAUCAGAAGCUUUGGUUCUCAGGCCAGGUUCCUCUAUAUGCAAUGUUGAUGCUGAUAUCCAGUCUGGCGUGAUGGCGACAGAAAGAGAUUGUCAUCCUGAGUUGUUUUUAUCUACUAAUAACUUCGAAAGCCGAAACAUAACCGAAAGUCAAAGAGUUUCAUGCAGUUAUCCUAAUUCUAAAGUUUUGACAUGUAUUCUUGAACGUGUGGAGAACGAUCUUCACUUCUCUGCAAAGGUGUCUUUAGCUGAUUAUGUUCGAAGUGUUGUUGAAAAGGAAGUAAACCAAGUAAUUCCUUCCUUAGAAAUAGAUAAAUUCAGCGAGUUGCAGGUUGAUGAUAGUAACUGCCGUAUCUCAGAGAUGCUUACCAGUAAAACAUCUGUUAAAGAAAUUCUAAAUGACAAGUCUGUCGAUCCUGUGAAAAAUAGAGACUCACUUUGGGUGUCUUCACCUGGAAACCGAAUGUCUAAUCUUUUCUCAAAAGCAUUUCAAGAACUGCGUGGACAUUUAAAUGAUGUGGUUGACGAAGAGGAGGUUGGUGACAUGCCACCUGGAUUCGAGAAAAACUCUCAAAUGACAUACCCUCACCACAGCUCAAAAUUUCGACCUUCAAGAAUAGUUGAAUGUAAUCCCAAGAUUACAGCGUAUGUUGCAGCUGCACUGUGCAGACAGAAGCUGCAUGACGAAGUCCUAGAGAAUUGGAAGUUGUCGAUUCUUGAUUCUACAAUUAAACACGUUCUUAUGUCAUCACGUACCAUAAAGAAGAAUUUCCAGUCUCGUGGUCAUGAGAAAAGGAAGUCAUUUGGUGCAAAUAAGGAACUUUUGAAUGAUGCUACUUCUGGACUGGGAAAAGGGAAGAAAGGCUCAAAAAGUUCUGGAGUUCCUCUGUUGGAUGGAAAGCAUACAUAUCAACGUAAGAAGCUUCCACGGAAAGAGUUUUGCUCCUCUCAGCCUGUUGUAGAUGAUAAUUUAGGGCCAGGGAAGAAGCCUUUGGCUAACUUAUGGAAACAUGUUUCUGGAGAUGUGAAUGAGAGUGCAGAGGUUAAAAUAACUGCUAUUAAAUGUGGAAAGACUAAGAUGAUUAAAGGGAAGGAUACAUCUUCUAAGAGCAGGUCUUCUUUCAAUGUCGAUAAUAGCUCACCCAGUGAUCAAUUAUCCUUGAAGAAUAAAACUAGCCAGAAAGUAGUGAAGUUUGCGCAUACAGUUCAAAAUGGUGUUAUGGAUAUUAUGAAGUUUAAUGAAAAGAGGCCAUCAGCAUCUUCUAAGAGCAGGUCUUCUUUCAAUGUCGAUAAUAGCUUACCCAGUGAUCAAUUAUCCUUGAAGAAUAAAACUAGCCAGAAAGUAGUAAAGUUUGCGCAUACAGUUCAAAAUGGUGUUAUAGAUAAAAUGAAGUUUAAUGAAAAGAGGCUAUCGACAUCAACUGAUAAUAUUGUUGGUAUGAAAGUAGCUAAAGUAAAUAGCUCUGAUGUCACCAUUCACAAGAAGACCACUGGUCAUAUAUCUAGCGAGAAACUUAGUGUGACAAAUAAAGUGUCAAAAUCAAAAAGGAAGCAUCAAACAGAUGUUGUUACAUCCUCACAUCCUGCCAAGGUUUUGAAAAUUUCAAAUAGGGGGUCUAGUCUGAGAGCUACUGGCAAACAAGUAACUGAGGCACAGAAGAAAUCUUCCGUAUCCAAGUCAUUGGAUUUAUGUCCUAAAUCUAAUGGAUGUGCUCGGACUUCUAUUAAUGGAUGGGAAUGGCAUAAAUGGUCACUAAGUGCUAGUCCUGCAUGUAGAGCACGUGUCAGGGGUCGUCUUCCACGUUCACAAAACAAGUGCAGAAAUUCUGAAAACACUUCAUCCCAGGUGUCAAAUGGUAAGGGUCUUUCUGCAAGAACCAAUAGGGUGAAAUUGCGUAACCUUCUUGCUGCCGCUGAGGGUGCAGAUCUUCUGAAAGUGCCUCAAUUGAAGGCACGAAAAAAGCGAUUAUGUUUUCAAAGGAGCAAGAUACACGACUGGGGUCUUGUUGCCUUAGAGCCAAUAGAAGCGGAGGACUUUGUGAUCGAAUAUAUUGGAGAAUUAAUUCGUCCUCGGAUAUCUGAUAUACGUGAGCUUCAAUAUGAGAAGAUGGGAAUCGGAAGCAGUUACCUUUUCAGAAUUGAUGAUGGUCAUGUGGUUGAUGCUACAAAGAGAGGCGGGAUUGCAAGAUUUAUCAACCAUUCUUGUGAGCCCAACUGUUACACAAAGGUUAUAUCUUUUGAGGGUCAAAAGAAGAUUUUUAUAUAUGCAAAGCGGCAUAUAAAUGCCGGUGAAGAAAUUACAUACAAUUAUAAAUUUCCCUUGGAGGAGAAAAAGAUUCCCUGCAACUGUGGUUCCAAAAAGUGUCGCAGAUCAUUGAAUUAAGCUGUUAUUGAAACUAAUACGUGCAUGCACUUACUACUGGAGAGUGGAGAAUUUUUCUCCCUUAGGAUAAUUCUCCCAAAAUACACGUUGCUCACUGAAUAUUCGAGGACUGUUACUUUAUAUUUCACUGGACUGUUGACAUCAAAUUGGACGUGUUGCCACAAUGCUUGUAAACCUUUUACCUUGUAGUUAUAUCACCAUUUUUGGAGAAAGGCUGAACUGAAUGCUGUUGGUGACCGGUGUUGCCUACUUGUUUGGUGAUGGGAUAACAAACUUGAGCAUUCUUGUAGAUGGUUGUGGCAGUUGAGUUUCUCAUCUUAGAAGCUGUAAAUAAUUGUUUUUCCAUGUCUAUAUAAUUUAGUGAAGGAAUGAUUUGGUACGAAGAUGCCUAAUUCUUUUAAUGAGUAAAAACUUUGGAACAUUAGUGCAUGCUUCUCAAAAUGACCAUAUUGCACAUCUCAAACCCCUUUUUUUGCUCCCCAGUUCCUUCUUUUUUUUGUCUCACACUCCUUGUUUCUAUAACAAAAGUUUGAUUGAAUUGUACUAGUGCAGCUGAAUAGGUGGCAACUACUUGACCGACGUAACUACUGGCCAACAAUAUAUUAAAAUUGGAAUUCCUGUUGAGAAGUGGAUUGUAAAAUUAUUAGACGUCUAUAUCAACCUUUUUGAACAGUCAAUUGUUAAAUAUUAAUGUGCCAAUACUUGUUUUAUUUGCAUGAUGGAUUUAAGGAUUUUUUUUUUCUUGCCACAAGCGAAAUCACUUGCCUAUAACAUUAAUUGGCAACUCUUUUUUGGGUCCGGAAAACCAUACCUUAAAAAUGGUACUCAUGCAUGGUGUCAAAUCUCUCAUUUAUCAACGUUGGGAAAUUGAUAAGAUUUCAGGUAAAAUGGUUUGUAAUUGGGGAGUUCAAUUUAGCUAUGUUAAUGAUGAUUGGUAGGAGUCAUAUAGUCAAAAUAAUUAUGGAUUUUUUUCGUCCACUAAAUAAUAAGUGAUAUUGAGGUUAAUGAGUACUUAACAUUUAAUAUCUUUUGUGGCAAAUCUUUGUUUGCCAGGGACCGUGCAUACUUAAUUUUUGUUCCAUGUUUUCAUUUCGUUUAUUUUGCUUCCCACCUUCAAUUCCUGUGGUUUGCAGGAGUAGCUCAAGUAGGAAAAACUGUUAGGUUGCUGAAUUGGAUUAUGCUCCUGGUAUGUUUCUCUUUCUGCCCCUUGUUAUAGUCAUUCCUGGUCAGCUUUUUUUAUAUGUUCUCCAGAGGUACCCUCAAUCAACUCCUCUGCAAAUAAAGCGAGCACUAAUCAGCAACUUAAGGUAUUAAAGCAUGAAUUCCUGGCCAAUACCACAACCAUUUAGAAUGUACCAAUGUUUGGACGGGAGAGCAGUAGUUUUCGGCAUUAGCUUUGUUUUGUUGAUCGGUUUUUAGAAAUUACUUCAAAUUGUUCUAUACUAAUUAACCAAAUAAUUUUUAAAUUUAAAUUAGUGUGGAGUUUGAAUCGGUGCGAUUAACAAACAUAACUCUAUUUUACAUGUUUUCUUUACAAGUACAAAAAAAGAACUAUUUUUUGAUGAAAUGGCAAUUUACAUAUGAAUACACUCUUAAACAUACACAUUCCAGCAUAUUUCAUUCUAUUGGUCAAAGUUCACGAGUCCACUAAAUUAUGUAGGCUAUAUAAUUUUUAACCAUUAAAUAAGUGUUUGAAUGCGUGUUAGAGAAAUUUUUAGCAUUUUGAUUUUUUAAAAGUGAUAAAAUGUAGAGAUUAAUUGAGAUAUUAACAACGUUUGUGAGAGGGGUUGCAUGAAAACAAGGCCGGGAAUGGGAAACUGGUAUUUGGUACGGAUGAAAUUUAGAAUACAUUGUCACUUGUUUUUAUAGUUGUGUGUUAAAUUGUGUUACUGUACUAACAUUUUUAUCAUUUGUGUUAAACUGGUAUUUGUUUUUGUAGCACUAAAACUUGGCACCGUUGAAAUGACAAACUCAUGAAUACUCCAACAUGAACUUGGAUGUGGUAGAAAUUCAAUGACUGAAUCUAAGUGCUUAUUAAAACAAAAAAAUUUAAAUUAGUGCAAUUUAUAACUUGUGUUGAGUUAUUGAGCACCAACAUUUAACAAUAAAUUUCAAUAUCACUUGAACAUACAUCAGUGAUGUAUAUGGAACAUUAAGUACCUCUUUGAUAAAACUAAGCAUAACAUUAACAAACCAAAUAAUCUUUAAGAAAGAAAUCUGAAUUUAUAAUAUAAUAAAUAAUGAGUUACCUUUCAAUAAUAUGCCAUUUGAAUUAGAGGAAUAUGUGCAAUGCAAUGAUUUAGAAGGAAGCACGAACAUCCAAACACGACACUCACACACCGACAUCGUUAAUAAUUUUACAAAUGUUAGUGUUUGUGUCCGACACCAACACGAACAUAGCCACAUCUUUUUCCAGAGGUGUCGGUGCUACCUAGGGUUUGGUAAAUAUGACAUGAAAAAUAUUUGUUCAUGUGAUGAGUUUGUGUUUAUUAAAAUGAUUAAAAUUAAAAUUAAUAUUAGAUGAAGUGCCAGAAUAAGUUUGUGUUUAUUAUAAUGAUUAAAAUUAAUAUUAGAUUAGAUUAGACGAAGUGCCAGAAUAAAAUUGUAAAUAAAUUACAAAUGUGAUGUCUUUUUUAUUUAGUGUUGUUAGAUGUAUGUGUUAAAAUUGAAUAAUAUUUUAAAGUGAUAUAAAAACAAUGUAUUUGUUGAUUCAGACAUGUAAAAGUUUAUCUUUAAAUUGUUUUAUUUUUGUGUAUUAUUAUGGUUAAGAUGAGAAAGAAAGACUAAUUUUGUGUAAUCCGAAAACAUGUAAAAGUUUAUCGUUAAAUUGUUCUCUUUUUGUGUAUUAUUAUGGUCUAGAUGAGAAAAAAUGACUAAUUUUGUGUGAUCCGAAAGUGCACUUUUGGACAACUUUUGCUACUUAAAAGUAUAGUUCUAAAUAUAUUAAGCGGUGGUUGUAGUAGUUCUUUUUGAUAAAGGCAUGCAUGCCAAUCUUGGUUUUAGAGUAAAUUGUUUAAUUGGUCAUUGACUUUGUAACAUGUUCUCAAAUAGAUUUUUGAGAGUAUGAAUAUUUUAGAGAGUAUGUUCUCAAAUAGAUUGAAUUGACAUAGAGAUAUGGAUUAAGUUGAUAUUUUAAUAGAAUCAGAGACUUCAUGGUUUUUUACCUUUCCAUUCAUGAAAUUUCCGGUUCAUCACUUGGUUUUGAUUAUUGAAAUUUCCGGUUCGCAGACAACAUGCAUGGAACGUUGGGACACUUUCUUCUAUUGAAAAUUCUCCAGCAAUUGAAAAUUAAGUAAGACAAAAAUGGACAUAAAGACCAGUGUAGUUGCACUAUGUUGGACCUAUUAGAUUAUGAAAGCUCUAUGCUAACCCAAAAAUAAAUAUUGGGGUGGUCUAUGAGGGUAGAGUUUUUGAGGUGUCAAGACCGACAGAAGAAGGAUAAUGGGUUGAUGCUUUGCAAUUAUAAUGCUCUAAAAUGUGCAUGUCCAUUGUAGGAUUUCUAUAUUGAAUAGAUACAAGUAUUUUAUGUGAUAUUUUAGUCACAAUGUUCUUUCAUCUUAUGGACUAAUCUUUUGGAUUAGACUCUCAUCAAGUGCUUAAAUUCUACCCAUGAGUGUAUUUAUUGUGAAUUGAACAUUGCUGGAUUAAGGUGCACCACCUAAUACAUGUAGGUAAGUGAAGCUACCAAAAUGAAAAGAACUGUUCUCAAGGGCAGUGCCGAAAGAGUGAAAAAUUGCCGCGGACAUGUGCUCUUAAAGGGUGUGAUAAUGUUAAAUUAGUCAAAGAGAUUCUUCUACUUAAUAGCCUAGUCUUUUGAGUCGAUUUAAAUGAUCGGAGUUUGUUUCUCUUCAAUGAGAGAGACAAUGCUUAAAGACAUGGAGGAUUUAUGUGAUUUUUGCAAUUAACUCCGCCUGUGUCUCAUUUGAUAUAAACACAGCCGGUCCCCAGCCCGGACAAAGGAGGAGGGUUGCACUUACAAUGGUUAUUUUGACACACAACCAAGUUGGGUUCUUUACGGACUUUUGGUGAACCUAGUAAUGGCAUGUAAUGUUUAAGAUCAUUGACAAUAUUUUCGACCAAUGGUACAAGAAUGGGAAACGCAAGAACUAUGCAAAAUAUUGCAAAAAUUGGAAUUCAGGUAGACAAUAUUCCACUUUUUCACGUCUAGGGUUCUUUAGCUAAGCAUCAACAUCUUCACAUUUAAUGUGUACUCAGAUGAAUAUAUUUUCAACAAAUUGCCAAUGAUUGCAAAAACCUUUGCUUUUCACACAUAUUUGGAAGUAUUAUCAUUUAGGUAAGGAUCAUGGAAGUGAAGAGGUGUAAGGUAAAGUUGAUGGACUAGUGAGUGGAGUGAGCUUGUUAAAGCAUUUUUUAGCAACAAUCUUCGUUAAGAAAUUUUUCAAGGCUUUGAUUUAGAAAGCUUUUUGAACUUUAAGGUAUUUGCCUGUUGAGUGAGUACAGUACCACAUUCCUAAGUAUAUGAAUAGAUUUUCAUUCAUGUAUCUUAAAAGUGUGUAUUAUGUAAAUUAUUAAGUGGAAAUGUAAAGGUGAAUUUACAAUAAUGUGAAAAUGUGGUUAUCUAAA